UGACUAGCCAAAUUGAAGGAUUGAAUCAACCACACUUUAGAUAGAAAACGUUUAAAAUGAAAUACUUGCUGGUAGUGGCUUUCGCCGCCUGCGCCUUUGCUGGCGCCCUACAACGCCCCGAAUCCAAGCUAUCGCCAAUCGAUGCCGAUAGCGAAAUCGAAGUGAUCUACGAAAAUGAAGAUGGUGUCCAAGAGAUUGCGCCCACCUUCAUUAUCUCAUGGCAGGUUCGUCGCGCUAUUCGUAGGCUACAGAAACAGAUGCCUUGCGGUUUCCCACAAUACGGCAUACCACCGCUAGUGCCCUUGAAGAAAAGCGAAGUUUCCGUACAUUACGAGCAUGGCAUUUUGGACACCGCUGAGGAGCUCACACGCUUCCGCGUUGACGGUUUAGACGACUUCAAAAUCAACAAAUUCAAGUUGAAUAUUGUACUGUCGAAGAUAACUUUUGAUUUCACCUUCCGUAACAUACGUGCCUCUGCACCACAGUACGCCACCAACACCAUUUUGGAUGCUCUUAACCAACUCGGCGUCUCGGUGCAAUAUGAAGGUGAUGGUUCCUUGGACUUUAGCUUGAAAAACUUGCGUGUUUCUGGUACUUUAAAAUAUAAAAUACCACUCUUGUGGGGAUCCAUAAGAAUCACAUCGUUGAAGACCAAAAUUGCGCUGGAGGGCUGCGACUCCAACAUCACUGGUAUCUUGGGCGAAAGCAAAUUGAAUGAGCUGCUCAAUCGUCGUCUGGAAAAUGCUGUCAUAUCGGGCAUCAACAACAAUCAAAAUCAGAUUUCAGAAAGUAUUGAGAACACCGUGGUGCCACGCGUAAACGCUUUACUUAAGGGUAAUGACUUCUGGGAUAUUUUGGAUAAAAUUUUGAAUAGUGAUGGCGCAGAGAGUGAAGAUGAGCCAAUUAAAACGAGUUGUGUAGCGCCCGAGGAUCCCUGGGCUUAAUGGAGAGUGGUAACUCCGCUAAGGAGUUUAAAGAAUUUUAAUCUGUAUGCUAAAGAAAUCUUAAUAAAGGAUGGUGCGUUGACGAUGGUUUGAAACCUA